CACGUGCCUGCUUUCGGAGAUUUGAAUGUCAUUUAUGUUUUAAGGAGGUAGCUAGCUAUAUAUCGUAAACAAACCAAUAUCAAUGUGAACUAGCUAAUAGUAAUGUCGGUUUUUGCUAAUUUGCUUCAUAGUCUUACCCACCUAAGCGUAAAACUCACGUUUGUUUCGAGCUGAAAUAGCAUGUUUUGUUUUCAGUUGCAGAGGUUAGUAUGCUGGCUAGUUUGAGGAUUAUUGCCUUUAUAGCUAGCUAACCUAGCAAGCUAAGGUCGCUCGAUAUAGCUGGCGUCAGUAAUAGUUUAGCUAAAAGAUACUUGACAACUGCGUUAAAUGGAGCCCUAGCUAGUUUUCCUUAUAAUCGGGAUUUUCUUUGUGUUGUGCAUGCCAAACAUGCAGCAGGUCUCGAUGCAUAGCUCAACGUUGUUUUGGCGAAAACCGAUAUUGAGAAGCGACAUUAGAAGUCCACAAUGGAGGAUUUUCCCAUAAGGACGGUUGAAAUGGUGUGCCUGGGGACCAGCAUGGCUCUAUCUGGCCUUUUUUUCUACAUCUACAGAAAGAAACGGAAAACGGUGGACAAGCUUAAUGAGGCUCCUCGAUUGCCAUUAGAUGGGAAACUGGCUGAUAUUUUGAAUUCUACACCUGGGAAAUGCCUCCAAUACGUUGUAAUUGAAGGUGCAGUCCAACCUAUAGGGGAGCCCCUCCGGAGCCAGUUCCAGGAGGGGACGGUUGGGGUGGUGCAGAAGCUGGUGUUGAAGGAGCACAAACUGGUGUGGAACAGUCUCGCACGGGCCUGGACUGACAGCGAGAGGGUCCUGCACGAGCGCGUCAGCUCCGUACCCUUUAACCUGGUGGGCGCCGACAGGGCGGCGGUGCGCGUGCUCUGCCCUCUGGAGGCCUCGGGGCUGGACCUCGAGAUCGUCCACGAGAAGUUCCACCAGGCCAGCUACGGCUUCACGGACAUCAUCGGCCAGUACCUGAGCGGCGAGAAGCCCAAGGGCCAGCUGGAGACGGAGGAGAUGGUGAAGGUGGGCGCCACGCUGACGGGCGUGGGCGAGCUCAUCCUGGACGCCGACCGCACGCUGAAGCUCAGGCCCCCCACCGACGGCUCCACGUUCUUCCUCACCCCCGCCGGCUACGAGGCCAUGUGUCUGGAGCAGGAGGGCCAGGCCACCGUCUGGCAGGUGCUGGCCUCCCUGUGCGCGCUGGCCGGAGUGGCCGUGCUCCUCUGGGCCGCCCGGAGGUACUACCGCCACCUGCAGGCCGGGAGGGAGCAGGACAGGCUGCGCAGGGAGUUCAAAAGGAUGGUGGCCGGCGAGGAUGAUGAGGAUGAAGUGGUGACGGCCAAUGCCUGCAUCAUUUGCAUGAGCGAGCCACGCGGCUGUGUCUUCCUGGACUGCGGCCACGUCUGCUGCUGCUUCAGCUGCUUCCAGGCCCUGCCCAACCCCAACUGCCCUGUCUGCAGGCAGCCAAUCAGAAGAGUGGUGCCGCUCUACCAGGCCUGACCUCGGCCUCCGUCCCACCGAAAACUACAGUACAGUGCUGCGGUCUGUGCCACAGCAACACGCUGCCUGCACCUCUACUGUAGACAGACAGCUGCUGUGUAUGGACAAUGUGAAUCAAAUUCUUUUGACAUAUUUAUUUUCAAAGCAUAUAUACACUGUGACCACUCCAUUCGGUGUUUGUUGGACUUAUUGGUCUUCUGCUGCCCAUCCAAUUCAAGGUUUCGAUGUGUUGGGCAUUAUUGGAUGCUAUUCUGCACACCACUGUUACAUUUACAUUUGACAUUUUUGUCAUUUGGCAGACGGUUUUAAUCCAAAGCGACUUACAAGUGCAUAGGUUCUUCCACAAGUGAAAGCAUCACAUCCAUAACUCGGAAAAUACACAUGGAAUGCUGUUCUAAACAUAUAGUCAUCAUAAGUGCAAUUUCUUUUUUUUUGGGUUAGACACGGAGGAUAGGGAUAUCAGAAAGGGGGGGCAGGGGAAAUCUGUGGUUAUUUGAGUUUCUGCUGUCUUCCUGUCUGCUUGAAACAGUCUCACCAUUCUCCUCAGACAUCUCUCAUUAACCAUUAUAUAUAAGCUAGAGACUGUUGUGUGUAAAAAUGCCAGGAGAUCAGCAGUUCCUGAGAUACUCAAACUACGCUGUCUGUUCUGGUACUAAUAAUCAUUCCAUAUUCCAAAGAUCACAUUUCAUCCCCAUUCUGAUGUUUGGUCUGAAGAACAACUGAAUCUCUUGACCAUGUUCGCAUGCUUUUAUGCAUUGCGUUGCUGCCACAUAAUUAGCUGAUUAGAUAUUUGCAUUAAUGAGCAGGUGGGUGUACAGGUAUACCUAAUAAAGUGGUCACUGAGUGUAUAUGUCUAUUAAUUGAAUCAGGAAUUUUACCUCCUACAGAAAAACAUGGAUCGGUUUUUCUUAUUCUUCAUAUGAACGGGGUGCCUUAAUUAAGAAAUUCUGACUGUCGCUGCUUCUUUUGAACAAAUCACAAAAAAGUGGUCUUUCUGACAGGAGAGAUAAGUGAAGUAUAAUCUGAACUACAUCCGACAGGGUGUUUGGAGCUUCCUAUUCUCUGUCAAUAAAUUAAUAAUAAGGUCAAAGAUCAGUCAGCCAUCUUGAGAGAGGCUGCGUUUUGUGUUUUUUUUGUUUGGUGUUUUGGUGUUUAGUUCAGAGGUAUCUGUUAAUUAUACAUUGUUUAAAUCAGUCUCUUAAAUGUUAUGAUCAGUCUUUAGAUUUAAAGACUACCCAAGCAACAUACUGUAGAUAGCCAUAUGAGUAGAGACUAGCCAGCUGCUGCUUUGUUUGCUUUCAGCUGAGUUCAGUGCUAUUGAACUCCAUUUCCCAAGGUUCAUCUGAACUCCACAUGAAGCAGUCUUCCACAGCAAAGUACAGGAGGCUAUUCGCUGACUUGAGCAGUUUGAGUAAAGAUAAAGAGAGCAGCUGUGCAAAUGUAAUUGGCUUCAGGGGUGUGUAUUAUGAUUAUUUACAAUCACAAUUAUUACAUUACUAAUAUGAUCAGUGAUGGGGAAGUAAGCCUGUAUUUACAGAAUUCAGUAUUAAAAAUAUAAAGCUAACUUAUAAAGCUAA